GAGUUUCUCGCAUGUGUGUAUUGUUUAAACUGGCCAAAGCAAACGAGCGAGCGAGCGCACAACCUUCCACACGGAGACAUGGCGGCCGAGGUGUCUGUUAGCUCAGCUGCCAGAGACGAGAAAUCCUUCACUGCUGCCAACUUUGCCCCGAAUCCACUCUUUAAAAGUUACGACCAAGCAGCCGAAGCCGAAAACUGGACGGUCAAACACGUUGAUGCAGACACCGGCGAUGAAGGUUCACCGACGGCCAGCGACUGUCCGCGACGGCUCGACGAUGAACCGACGGCCCUCGGUCCAGAAGAGAUUGCUAGUCGUUUAGAAAGAACGAGACGAGAGUUUUAUAAUCGGCGAAAAAUAAUUAUCAAGAACCUCCCCGCCGAUAUCAGCAAUCAGGAGGUGCACGAGCUGUUAAGUAACUACGAUUUGAAGUACUGCUUUGUGGACAAAUACAAAGGGACAGCCUUUGUAACGCUACUGAACGGUGAGCAGGCCCAGUUUGCGAUAAAGGAGUUUCACCAAUAUGUUCUCCGUGACCGUGAGAUCUCUGUGCAGCUGCAGCCGACGGACGCGCUGCUAUGCAUCGCCAACCUUCCCAGGGCAUUCACCCAGCAACAGUUUGAGGAGCUCGUCCGCCCCUUUGGAAACAUUGAGCGCUGCUUCCUGGUGCACAGUGCCACCACGGGCCACUCGAAGGGCUAUGGCUUUGUGGAGUACAUGAAGAAGGACUCUGCAGCCCGGGCGAAGUCGGAGCUGCUGGGGAAGCAGCUUGGGUCACGAAUGCUGUACGUACACUGGACAGAGGUUGGCUCUCUCACGUUUCCCAUGCUGCACUCUCGCUGCCUCUGUGUGGACCGACUACCUCAAAACAUCCUCACCGCUCAGGAUCUCCGCGGUGUGCUGACUGACACACAUGCUCCCAUUUUCUGCCAGCUUGCUCAGGGUCAGGAUUGUAAUUUUCGGCGGUUUGCAGUGCUGGAGUUCUCCACGCCUGAGAUGGCUGAGGAUGUGCAGCGGCUGACUGAUUGCAGAGCUCUAGGUGGCACUCACAUACGUGUGUCCUUCUGUGCCCCAGGACCACCAGGAAGAAGCAUGCUGGCUGCCCUCAUCGCCGCCCAGACCAUGGCCUUGAACAGAGGGAAAGGUCUCCUUCCUGAACCCAAUGCAAUGCAGAUCCUUACUGGCCUCAAUAACCCUGCUACACUGAAGAUGCUGCUGGCGUCCCUCAACCCGGGACAUAAACAAGGCCUGCUGGGAGCUGCGCCCGCUGUACCUCUGCUGGCAAACCCUGCCCUCUCUGCUGCCCUCAUGCAGAUGCUGCUCCAGAACAAACUCCAACAGGCUGGACUGCUGAGUGAAAAUCCUCUGGCUGCUCUUCCUCUUCAACAAGGCAUUAACAUGUUGGGAGAGAUGCCUCAAGGCACUAUUGCGUCAACACUGGGCUUGCAGAAUGAAACUCUUGGCCCCAUCAAACAACCAUCCCUCAGUCGACCUCUUGGGAGAGAGAAUGAGACCCCAGCCACACCGAUCGGCUUUCCCCCAGCAGCCUCUCCUGCACUGCAGGGACUGAAUUUGCCCCUCCUGAGUGGGUUGUUAGGAGCAGAUGGGCCGACUCUACCAGGGGCAUCUAUAUUGGGCGAGCCUCCCAAAGAAGCUGGUGUAUCCCAGAACCCUUUUCUCAGUGCUCCUAGCAUAUUCCCAUCUUCAGGUGCCAGCACAAGGGCUCACCCGUACAGGAAGAGAACGGCUCUUGGCAACACGUCUAACCAACGUGCAAACCACGGCAUCCACUCGAACUACAGUCUGCGCUUCCAGGAGUCUUGCACACCAGAGUUUUCUCUGCACCAGGACCCCUUGUCUCAUUUGUAUGAGCAGCAGGAGGUUCUGGAAAAUGCAGCACUUCCCAGCUACGGUUUACAGCACUCCAGGCACACAGGCUUCAGUGAUGCAGGGUCUCCUUUCAGCUAUCCACCCAGCCCCCCUCAGUCCUCUUAUUUCAGCUUUGGAGCCCAUACCAACAUCCCCUCCACCCAGCUUAAUAAGGCUGUUGGAAUGCCUCCAGUGACUCAUUCCAGCCUAUUUUCUGCUGCACCUGGUGCUGGUGUGAAGACUCCCGUUGGUGGGCAGAAGCGUCUGUUCUCCCGUCUCAUCCCGUCUCCAGAGCCCAGUCCAGAGGGUGGAUAUGUAGGUCAGCACUCUCAGGGUCUCGGGGGGCACUACGCCGACUCCUACCUGAAACGCAAGCGCAUCUUUUGACCAGCACUCGACAGCUUCCUCUGAACCACCAGCUCUCUAAAGGGAUCACUACUUAAAUACCAUCUUUAAGUGUGUUUUUGUGUGUGUGAGGGUGAAAGAGCAAAGAACUGUCAUUUUCACACCAUUGAAGCUCGAAUGAUCGGUCGCAUGGAUGAUUGCUGAAGGUUGUGUGUAUAUAAUUUCAAUGUCUCUGUAAAUAGUUUUUUUUUUUUGCCUUUUUAAUUUUGUUUUAAUUUUUUUUUUUUUUUAAUUUUUCUAAACCCAAAGAUGCAACAGCCACCACAGUGAAAGAAAAGGGUUUCCUGUCAUGUUCAUCUAAAUGGUCCUAUUUUGUAGGCUUUUUUUCUUUUUAUUUUAAUUUGAAUCAUUUAAACAGGACGAUAGCCUUUUUCUGCUAUGCCUCUUGUUAGUCGUGUAUAUAGUUGUUCAGUUUCCUAGAAAGGCUCCUCCACUACAAACACUUCCUCUCACGUACAAGUGCAAAGCCUUACAUGCUUAAAUCAUGUAUCUGUGCAGCGGCUACAGUAGCUGUCUGUUUUCUUCAGUGAGUCACCUGUCUGUGUCUUUAUGGGGAGCUCUGAUGCUGGGUUAGUGUUAGAUUUAGCUCAAUAGUUUUAUUUUUUUUUUUUCCCCACCACAUAUUUGUUGCACUAUUUCCCAUCUUUGCAUCCCAUUUUACAGAGUCAGGGUUUUUUGAGCAUUGCACUUGGAGGAUACGGAUCAUGUAUAUUCAUCCUCCGGAAUCUGUCCUUUCCACACCCGUCGUUCACGCUCGUUCUUGUUUUCUGCCUGCUUUCACACCUCUCUUUGACCUCGUUCAACCUGCACAGUUUUGCUGUUGCAAAGCGUUAGCGUCUCUGCCGUCACGUUGUAAAGCCCCAGCUGGUCAGAGAUGGAGUAUGGGCUGCCGUUCUCCCCUCACCAGGCUCAGAGUACUUCUCAAAGCACAGUAUGCCUGCUGUUGCUUCUGUAUUUCCACACACACUCAUUCGCUCCUCACGUCUUCUGUGCGGUGCCUUUCCUCUGCAGACCAGCAGAGGGAGCCAGUUAGCUUUUCAGUUGGCACUGCUCCAUAUUUUUUUCCCUUUUCUUUAAAAAAAACCCCAAAAAAAAAACCAAACGAGAGCCAACAGUCUGAAGCAGGCCGGACCUGUGCCUUAGCGUGACAUUUACUUUUACCGUUGUAACUGUGACUACCUUUUGACCCUCUAGUUUGAACUGCUGCGCCCCUAGAGGGGAAGAAGCUUCUACAGACUGGAAUGUGAUUGACGUAUGAUUGAGUACUUAGUCUCUGUGUGUGACUUAUUAAGCUGGUUGACAUUUGAUGUGUGAUAACGCAUUACCUCUGACUUGUACCACGGCUUACGAUGGAACCCGGAGUUACUCGUGUGCCUAAAAACGGCAGUGUUUACUGUAAUCUCGCCACACUGUGAGCCUACAUUUAAGUUUGUUUAUUUGCGGUGUACAUGCUUGAGUUUGAUUUUACAUUUCUUCUCUGGAGUCUUGAACUCGUGUUCUUAUAUUUCUUCUAGUCUGUAAUGGUAUCAAAAUUGCUGCUCCUAUAUUUUGUAUCCAUCAAAAUGAGUGAAAUUGCACAGUGCAGUAUCUUGUAAAUGAUUUUUCAUGUGCGAUACGCGGUAAGAGCUGCUGCUGUUGCUGUGUGAAAUGAACUUAAACCUACAGAUGUGUUAAAUGACCUUCAUCACCAAUCAAUCUUUUCUUCUGUACAGCUCUUCUGCUCUGUUUUUGUGGCAUUUGAACAAGUAAAUGUUAUUUAAGUUCACCUUCA